AUGGAUGUUCAUAUGACUAGUGAGCCAUCAUUGAUCGAUAAAAAGUUUUUUGAUAAGACGGCAAUUAAUAAUAAUUUACUGCUUGAAUUCACCUCACUAUUAAGACGAUGUCAUACAACAUUCAAUGGGUUUUGUGCUGCAUAUAAUGAUCGAAUAUUAGAACAAUCACAUUCAAGCAAAAAAUACGGGAAUAAACAGCCGGAUGGACUCGAUCCAAAAUUAUUCCAGAAUGUUUGGAUAGAAUAUCAGUUAGCUAGAAUACCAUUCAUGUUAACAACACUAAAACAGUUUAAAAUAUUACAAUCAUGUAUCAACAAAGCUGCAAGAGAUCAUUAUUUUAAAGUAAUUAAUCAAGAGUUCUACAAACUAUUUGUGUCUUUAUGGAGUAAUCACAAAACGUUGUCAACAAAUAAACACUGUAAAGACAACUGUUCAUCUGUAUUUAUUUGCGACGGCCACCAAAAACCAUGUAGACUGGUUUGUAAACAAGAUAUGACUGAUAAAGAUUGUAUAGAAUUAGGAGGAGUUAUGGUUGGUUGUCCGGAAACUCCACAACAGAAAAGCCAAAAGAAAAGACAAAAGGAAGACGGACGAUAUUGUUAUUUACACCAACCAACGAAGAGUCAACAACCCGCCACAGACAAUGGUACAAUGGUGGAUCUACGUGACACAACUAUUAGAAAAGAAAUAUGUGAACUUCUUAAUUUACGAACAGAUAAUGAAUAUAACGGAUUGUGUAAUGUUUAUCGUGAUUGUUAUAUUGAACAUAAGCAAUCUUCAUUCGGGUUCAUUGCAACAUUUCUAAACUGUGGCAUAAUCGUCGGCUUCACGGAGUCUGUUCGAGCCGAAAGUGUUCGCCGCCUGUUGCGUCAUUUAUUAGAAAUAUUAAAAUAUGGAAGCUUACCACCGAAUAUGAUGUAUGACAAUGCUUGUGCUGUCAAAUUAUAUACCCCUGGCAAAAAUAAGUUUCCCUCUGUAUUUUGA